AUGCUCAUCGUCGCUGUUCUGCUGAUUAACCUGCUGAUUGCCAUCUUCAGCAAUGUGUUCACAGUGGUUGAAGCUCAGUCGACGCAGUUCUGGAAGACAACCAUGUACUACCUCCUGGUAGAGUACAAGGCGAAACCGGUAGUUCCGGCACCCUUCAGUGUGUUGCAGGCUCUUCUGGAAGGCGUAAUCUACCUCUUGAGGGUGUUUUGCAAAAUAUGUCGAAAUUUCAGUUGGUGCAAAAGGAGCUACACCCUCACUGAUAAAGCCAGCAAGGAGGGCGAAGACAAUGACGUUGCAGUGGAAGGAGGCAGCGAGACUGGAGCGUGUGUACAGGAUGGAGAAAGGUGGGACGAUUUAGAAGAAGAGGCGAGAGACGAGGAAACAGAGGAAUUAGAGAAUUCCAUUACUCAGAUGGAACGUUGGACUCUUCGUCAGAUCCUCAAGCAGCAAGUCUGUGAAGAUGCAAAUCAGAUCUCCAAAAUUUAUUCUUUGUAA